CCUCUUGCUAUUGUGAAGUGGAUGACAACCAAGAUGAAGUUGAUGCGGAGAGUUCGAGAAAUUUUGUUUAGGAAAUAGAGAACUAAGUUUUAAAGAAGAAAAAAUUAAAGAUGAUUUUAACCAUGUUAAGAUAUGAUGAAUUAGAAACCGAUUUUUUUUAAAAAAUAUGCUAAGACAAAUAAGAUACAGGAGCUAGAGAUGCCCUCCCAAUCAGCUGACACAAAUAAUCAAUCCCAUUUCCGCGAGUGCGCAGAUUGCAGAAGCGUCGGACCACCGCAUCCAUGUCCUCCUCCUCCUGCUCCUCUGGCGGGCAGGCGGGCCCGGCCUUCUCCGUCGACCUCGCCGCAGCCGCGCGCCGGCUGCUGGCCUUCCUCCGCGCCGCGCCGGCCGGGGUGGGCCCGCGGUCCGUGCGGAGGUAUGAGGAGCUGUGGCUGCCGCUCGCGGCGCAGGCGGUCGGCGGGGGAGGGGAGGCGGCGAUGCUGCUGCCGCCGCCAGACGUGCAGCUGGUCUGGCUCUGCCACUGCUUCCACCAUGAGAGCUAUGCUGCAUACUGCAGGUCGAGGUUUGGACGCCUCAUCGACCGUCCUUCCAUCCUUGAUGCUGAGAAUGAAGAGUAUGCCGAAGACCGUUGCCGGGAUGUCUGGGCUGUAUGUUACCCAUCCGAGCCAUUUGGCAUUGAGAGUAAUGAGAUUGAUGAAAACAGUGUGGAUGAUAUUGCCUAUGACAAUGCCAAUGGUGAAAUUGUCGAUAUGGUGAGACGGUACGCUGGCCUAGCUGCCCACUUUGCGUCACCCUUCGUGUGGGAAGGUGUUUACCAUGUUGCUGCAAGGCGGCGGUAUGUUCGUUUUCUUGACCUCAUCAAGAAAGCUGUGUGUACGACGCAAGAUCACACACGGCUUGUGCCUAGCCUGGACAUAUUACUGAUGUGGCUUGCUCACCAGAGUUUUCCGGUGAGUUAUGCAACAGACAUGGCAUCGAUGGCUAUCAGGGAGAAUGUUGUGAAAUUAGUGGCGGGUUAUGGGGAGGUGGUUAGUGAGGAGGUGUUAGAGAGGACAAGGGCACUGUGGGAGGAGGCGCAUGAUGAGCCAUUUGAUAUGGCUGGAUCGGGGGUUGAUGCGGCAGCAGUUAGCGCAGCGAGGGAGGCAUUUUACUGGGAGCCAGCAGCAUCGAAAGAGGAUGUCAACCGGCUGUACAAAAUUUUGCAGCCUAGGUUCCUUAUGGAGGUAUAUGUGUUCCUGAAAGGAGAAUUUGAUACGGUGCGUAUCAGCAAGGAGUUCUUACGGUUGCGAACACAGAGGUGUCACAGGUCGCUAAAACUGAACAAAUCAAUGUGCAAUUUAUCCUGCAUGAACUGGCAGAAAACAUGGCAUCUGUAUUGUGAAUUUGCAACCCGGGGCCUCAUCAUCGAGGUCAGGCGCUCUACUAACGGGUGCUUCAGGAACAGCAAGUUACUCAAGAACAUCUCAUUCUCAUGGAGUGAUAUGUUGCAUGAGAAAGCACUCGCUCUCACGGAGGAACUUGAUAUCCGGAUGAAAGCGGUGACAUCAAUUACCCCUCCAGUUCAAGCACCAUAUUUGUUGAAGUGUGUACCUGAUCGGGUCACUGAUGAUGGUGGGGCCAUGAUUUCUGACGUCAUAUUGCGCAUGAGAGGUUACCGUCCGCAAGAAGGACGUUGGCUGACCCGCACAGUGCUUGAUCAUGGUGGGAGAGAAUGUUUUGUCAUCCGAAUGAGAAUAGGCAGAGGGAUUUGGCGGAGAGGUGCUGAAACUCCCGUGGCAGUGAAAUGGGAGGACAGGGGCAUCGAGGUUCGAGAAGGUUCAUGGUCGUACAUUGCAAGUACAAGCUCCGUUGGUUAUGUUCCUGAGAAGGUGGUGGGCACAGCAACUGCGACAAAAGAUCAACAGGAGAACAAGGUGGUUUGGAGCUUUUCAACUGGAGACAUACUGACAGUACGGUUGGGAGAUGAGCUCAGCUUUCAGCUGAAAGAUGGGAGCUCAGAAGAGGCAAGGCUGCUUGUGGGGAGGAGAUUGAGCUACAGAGUAAGCAAGGAUAGUGCAUCGGAUAACCGCAAUGAGGAGCAAUAUCUCACCCUAGUUCGGAAGUCACCAGAUCAUCAUGGUGCCAGAGCAACCGUGCUUCUAAACUGGAAAUUACUUGCGGUGGAGUUCUUACCUGAAGAGGAUGCAGCUUUUGUCCUUCUCCUGUGCAUGGCAAUUGCAAAGACCAUGAUAGAGAUCAGGAGAGAAGAUGUGGCAGGGCUUCUAGUGCGACGAAGAAUAGGUGAAGCACGGACAGGGCAGAGAGGCUGGGGUUCGGUGAUGCUUCCUAACUUGGCUUCCUCAGAUCCUCAUUUGCAGCCUUGGUAUCGGAAUGCAGCGCAGGUUUUGAGCUCUGCAGAAAAUGGUGUGAUGCCCACUAAGUAUUCACCUGCUGACGGAAAGGAUGAGCUGUACAGGCAAGCCCUUAUACCCUGAAGCACUGACAGAGAUGAUUCCUAGUGUUUGGAUAGACAGGAAUUACACCUAAUCCCUUCGUUACUAUAGGGAAAUUAGUUUAUUUUCCCUCUCCAUCGGAUGAUCUUUGUACAUGACAAAUUUUGGCUUGGUGGUGUUGUUUCCGUACUGAUGAUUAUCGUUGUUAUGGAUUGUUGUGAUAUGUGGUUUAUGACAACAGAAAUUUCACAUUUCAUC